AUGAAGGUUAUCGUUGCUUCUGGCCAGGACGGCUCCCGCAAGCACGAGGUGGAGCUGGCGGCCAACGCCACGCUCGCAGACCUGAAGAAAGCCUACCGCUCGGAGGUGGAUGUCCACCGCAAGUCUUUUAAGGUGCCCGGCCCCAUCGCUGCCGGCGGCUCGGCGCCGACUGCGGAUGGCACCAAGCCGCGCCCAAACCUCAUAACGCUCUCGGAGAAGAUGCCCCUGUCGCAGCAGGGUGUAAAGGAUGGAACAGUGAUCACUUACAAGGACCUCGGCCCGCAGAUCGGCUACCGCACCGUGUUCUACGUCGAGUAUGCCGGCCCUAUCGCCUUCAUGCUGCUGUAUGCCAUGCGCCCCUCGUUCAUCUACGGCUCUGCCCCGAUGCCAGCCUAUGGCUACACGCAGAAGCUCUACAUUGGCCUUUUCAUUACCCACUUCCUCAAGCGCGAGCUCGAAUCCAUGUUCGUCCACAAGUUCUCGCACCCGACAAUGCCGAUGCGGAACAUCUUCAAGAACUGCAUCUACUACUGGUCCUUCGCCGCCUUCAUUGGCUACGUGCUGUGCAGUCCGUUCUUCACAGCGACCAGCGCCGCGCAGUCCAAUUUCGGCGCCGUGUUCAUGGUCAUCAACGAGCUGCUGAACUUUGCGGUGCACUACCAGCUUAGCACGAUGCGCAAGUCGGACGGUGACACCACCCGCAACGUACCGCAGGGCCCCCUGUUCGCCCUUGUCUCGUGCCCGAACUACUUCUUUGAGAUCAUGUCGUGGGUAUCCUUCUCCAUCGGCACGAACAUGCUCUCCUCGUGGUUUUUCACCCUGGCCGGCUUCGUGCAGAUGGCGGACUGGGCCAAGAAGAAGCACCGCGGCUACAUCAAGGCAGACCCAGCCAAUAAGAAGAAGGCUGCGAUUCUGCCCUUCCUCAUGUGA